AUGGCUUUUCUAUGGGUAAUAACUUUUGCACUAAUUCCCCUGUUAUUUCUUCUUAUUCAACAACUUCAAAAAAAGUUCACUAACAAGAAACUUCCUCCAGGUCCAAGAGGUCUCCCUCUUAUUGGAAAUCUCCAUAUGUUUGGUGAAAAUCUUCAUCAAGAUCUUGGAAAAAUAUCGAAAAAAUAUGGUCCCAUAAUGUCAAUCCACUUUGGUCUUGUUCCUGUAAUUGUUGCUUCAUCACCUCAUGCUGCAGAGCAAUUCUUGAAAAUUCAUGAUUUAAUAUUUGCUAGUAGACCUUCUAAUGAAGAUGCAGAGACCGUUUUCUACAAUCGUAGAAAUCUUGUCUCGUCUAAUUACGGACCUUACUGGAGAAACAUGCGUAAAUUAUGCACUCUGCAUUUGCUAAGUAAUGCAAAGAUUCAAUCUUUUCAACCUAUGAGGAAAAAACAAGUUCAAAUUCUGGUGGAUUUGAUGAAACAGGAACGUAAUGUGAUUGAUGUUAGUGCAAAAAUUGCGUCUCUUAGUGCUAACAUGUCGUGUUUGAUGAUAUUUGGGAAGAAGUAUAUGGAUGAGGAUCUUGGCGAAAAGGGGUUUAAUGCUCUAAUACAAGAUAUUUUGUGUAUUGCUGGAUUGCCAAAUUUUGCUGAAUUUUUUCCUUUUCUUCGAGUUCUUGAUCUUCAGGGAUUUACUCGUCGUUCCAAGGAAUUAGCAAAGUUGUUUGAUGAGUUUUUAGAGAGAGUGAUUAAUGAACAUGUUUGUAAUAAAUUUAGUCAUGAACAGAAGGAUAUGGUGGAUACGUUGAUGGAGAUUAUGCAAUCUGGAGAAGGUGAAUUCGAGUUUGAUCGUAGGCAUGUCAAAGCUAUUCUACUGGACUUACUUGUAGCAUCUAUGGAUACUUCAGCAACAACAAUAGAUUGGAUUCUAGCAGAAAUUCUAAGGCACCCAAAUGUAAUGAAAAAGCUUCAAAAUGAGUUGGAACAAGUAGUUGGCAAAAAUAGAAUGGUGGAAGAAUCAGACUUAGAAAAUUUGGAGUAUUUAGAAAUGGUCAUAAAAGAAAGUAGUAGGCUACAUCCUGUUGCACCCUUGUUGAUUCCUCAUGAGUCGAUUGAAGAUUGUGAGGUUGAUGGUUUUCACAUACCUAAAGGAUCCCGACUUUUAAUCAAUGUGUGGACAAUUGGAAGAGAUCCAGACAUUUGGGUUGAGCCAGAAAAAUUUAAACCUGAGAGGUUUCAAGGAAGUAACAUUGAUCUCCGUGGAAGACAUUUUGAGCUUUUACCAUUUGGUUCGGGCAGAAGAAGUUGCCCGGGUUUGCAGCUAGGGCUCACCACCGUUCGUUUGGUGCUUGCACAAUUGGUUCAUUGCUUUGAUUGGGAAUUGCCAAAUGGCAUGACCCCGAAGGAUAUUGACAUGACUGAGAAAUUUGGUUUAGUAACAACUAGAGUUCAACAUCUUAGGUUGAUUCCCAAGUAUCGUUUACAUAUAUAA